CCUGCCCCUCCUCACCAGGGUUGGAGGAGUUAUGAGAUGGAGAGGAGAUGUGAGCGGAUCAUUCAGUUCAGCUGUUGACAAAAGAUCAUGAUGCUCACACUUUAAAAACUGGAUCCUACACUUUUAUUUGCUCUUCUCCUUAUGUAUCAACCUUGGAUGGAUCUUUUGGAGAUUAAAGAAGUUCCUGAGGCUCUGACUGAACGGUUCUUUGAACGGAGGAAUACUUCAACUUCAUCACUGAAAAGCAUAGAAAGCCCUUGUUACCUGUGAGGAACUCUUGGCGCCACUGAAAGGUGGAGCCAACCACUGGUGCUACAAACUCAGGGAGGAUGAAGAACAGCUUCUAGAGGAUUUUUUUUCUUUUAUCAGAACAAAGUGUGCAAGGAAAACACAGUUUUAACAUAAGUUGUGAAGAAAAUCCAGAGACAACCUAGAUAAAAAUGCCUUUUGGUGGCUUAACGGGUUUGAAGGAGCAGGUUUUUAAACCUGGGACUCACGAAGUGAAGAGCUCAGUAGGCAACUCUCUAGGAAAACUGCAAAGGAAAAUGGAUGGUAGCAAUGUAGAGGAAGAGGACCACAUUGAGCUGACGGAGGACGGGCGUCCAGUGGCAUCAGCACCGCGUCCUAAACCGCUGCUGGACUGCAGCUGUGGUGGUCUCCCUAAACGCUACAUCAUCGCCAUCCUCAGUGGACUGGGAUUCUGCAUCUCCUUUGGCAUUCGUUGUAACCUCGGUGUGGCUAUUGUGGAGAUGGUGAACAACAACACUGUCUAUAUCAAUGGGACUCCAGUGCUUCAGAAAGCUGAAUUUAACUGGGAUCCAGAAACAGUGGGGCUCAUCCACGGCUCAUUCUUCUGGGGCUACAUUGUCACACAAAUCCCCGGUGGUUUCAUCUCCAACAAGCUCUCUGCCAACAGGGUGUUUGGGGCGGCCAUUUUCCUGACAUCAGUGCUGAAUAUGUUCAUCCCAUCAGCAGCAAGAGUCCACUAUGGCUGUGUCAUGUUUGUUCGCAUCCUGCAGGGCCUGGUGGAGGGUGUCACCUACCCAGCCUGCCAUGGGAUGUGGUCCAAAUGGGCGCCACCUCUUGAACGAAGUCGACUGGCCACCACCUCAUUCUGUGGAUCGUAUGCAGGAGCAGUGAUUGCCAUGCCUUUAGCUGGAGUGCUGGUUCAGUACGUCGGCUGGCCUUCUGUCUUUUAUAUCUAUGGUGUGUUUGGGAUCCUAUGGUAUGUUCUGUGGCUCCUGUUGGCGUAUGGAAGUCCCGCCGCUCAUCCGACAAUCACAGACGAGGAGAGGUUGUACAUUGAGACCGCUAUUGGUGAAACGAUGAAGCAACUGAGUGCAACCGAGAAGUUCAAGACUCCAUGGCGUCGUUUCUUCACCUCCAUGCCCGUCUAUGCCAUCAUUGUGGCUAACUUCUGCCGCAGCUGGACCUUCUACCUGCUCCUCAUCAGUCAGCCGGCAUAUUUUGAGGAAGUUUUCGGUUUCCCCAUCAGCAGGGUGGGGCUCCUGUCUGCUGUCCCUCACAUGGUGAUGACGAUCGUGGUUCCUAUUGGGGGUCAGCUGGCUGACUAUUUACGCAGCAACAAAAUCAUGUCUACCACUAAUGUGAGGAAACUCAUGAACUGUGGAGGAUUUGGUAUGGAGGCUACUCUGCUGCUGGUGGUUGGCUUUUCUCACACUCGAGGAGUCGCCAUCUCCUUCCUUGUUCUGGCCGUGGGCUUCAGUGGAUUUGCCAUCUCAGGUUUUAAUGUGAAUCAUCUGGAUAUUGCUCCUCGCUAUGCCAGCAUCCUGAUGGGCAUCUCUAACGGGGUGGGAACUCUGUCUGGAAUGGUGUGUCCCUUGAUUGUUGGAGCUUUGACUAUACACAAGACACGUCUGGAGUGGCAGAACGUCUUUGUUAUUGCGUCCAUGGUGCAUUACACUGGGGUCAUCUUCUAUGCCAUCUUUGCGUCAGGAGAGCAGCAGGAGUGGGCCGACCCCGAGAGCACAAGUGAGGACAAAUGUGGCAUCAUCGAUGAGGACGAGCUGGCCGAGGAGUCAGAGCUCACCAGCGAAAACAUGGUGGCCCCCAAAAAGACUUACGGGACGACGGAAAAUUCAUCUGGCCGAAAACAUGGCUGGAAAAAGAAGAGAGGUGUAACCAUGCAAGAGGAGGAGGAACACUGUGGGAAUGGGGACUACCAGGAGCAGUACCAGUGAGACUGGAUCCUCCCAAACAAUCACAUUUAGUGAAAAGGAAUUUCACACCUGUGGAAAUGUCAGAAGAACCGAAGGACUGCCUUUUUUUGCUCAAUACAGCCGUGUAACUAUAAUGCACUGCAAUCAAAAGACUGCAGAACAAAAAAUAAUAUAGGAACAGAUAUUGUAAAGGUUCAGUGUGUAAUAAUUAGUGACAUCUAAUGGUGAGACUGCAGAUUGUAACAAAUGGAGGAGUCCUCCAUUCACUCCUACGGUGGCCUUUGCAUACCAGAAAAAAGCCCCUAAAACAGUCCCUUGCCUAAAAUAUUAAUUUUAUUGAAAAAAAUUUAAUUGAAAAAGAUUAUACACUUCUACAGACAUACUUAUAAAAAGUAAAUACAAUUUAUUCCAGCAAAACUUUCUAAAUGUUACACACUGGAUUUUUAAAAAUCUUAAAAUUAAACAUGAAAGGCACAACAAAUUAACAAAAAUAACAAAGAAUCAUCCUCAAAAACAAGAUCAAUAAUUAUAUUUCCCACAACCAUACAGUGCAUUGUAGAUUAGUAUCCUUACCAAAAAAAGAAAGUAACCCACAGAUAAAAAUCCAUGGACCAGCUAAUGCUGUGAUAAUGACACAUAUCAGCUUUCAAACCAGACUGCACUGAUCAUACGCAAACAUUGACUCAACUUCAUGUCACUUCCUUUUUUUUAUGUCAGCUAUGCAACAUGAAUGUAAUAAUGGCUUUGACAUCAGAUGACAGUGUUAAUGUUUUUUUUUUCCUUGUAUGUAUUUGCUGCUGCCGAAUGAUUACGCUCUGUCACUGCUUUGCUGGCUUCCCCUUUGUCUGAGCAGC